AUUUGAUAUUUAGAUCUGGAUUAUUGUAUUCUCAGGGACACUUCUCAUCAUCGGUAUUUGAUAGGAGACUCUCUUGCACCAAAACUCGUUGUUAAUAAAAUAUUGAAGCAACGUGUACAUACAAAGUUUUUGCAGUAGGAGAAUACCAUUAAUAGGUGCUUUGCAGUUGAUACUGGAAUUUAUUUAUCGGAAAUGCAAAGAUAUUAUAGAGGAUAUGGAUAUGAGGAUAUCACUGAUUUAUGAUGGCUGUAUGGAUUAAUUCUGCAUUCAUAAUGGAGUAAGGCAUUGGCCACCAUCAACACUCUGCUCCAUUUGCGCGCCGGACAUUUCCGGACAUUUGGUGGUCAAUAGCUACAUGUUCACGAAAUGACGCUAAUGUGUCCCUUAUGGGAAAAUAUGGUGAUUACAUGUACCUCUAAAUGAAAUAUAAUUCAUAUGAAUUGCUAAGAAUCAUAUUAUUCUUAUCAGAGCCAUGGUAGCUCACCCAGUUUGGACACUGCGAGACUUGUUUAUGAUCGCAGUAAAGUUGCAGCUUUUGACGUCUUUUACGAUGGCCGAUAGAACAAGAACACGACCACGAAGCGACGAAGCAGAAAUGAGGAGAACAUCUGAAUUUAUUACGUCUCAUAAAAAUAGAUCAUCGAAUAUAAUACACACUGUGUCUCCUUCUCCUGUCUUAAUAAAAACUCGGAGUAUCAAAAAUGACGGACGCGAUGAUUCUUCCGCCAUGUCAAAUCUACCUAGUGUUCAAUCAUCUUCAGUACCAGUCAAAGACCCAUCGACUAUACCUAAACGAUCGACUGAUACUGUCAAGCUACGUUUUAAGGCCAAUAAGAAUCGCACGAUUUAUUUAGGUGGACUUUUUGAGCUCUCGGGGGCCAACUUCAUGCAUCACGGUCACUCAGAGCUCGCUGCUGCAAAACUUGCAGUGAAGCAUGUCAACGAGCAGAACAUCAUUCCCGGGUACCAAUUGAACCUCCUCCACAGAGAUACUAAGUGUGAUCCAGGCACGGGUGCAGAUGAAUUUUACCACAUGAUAUACAGUGAUAAUCCCUUGACAAUGGUUUUAGGGUCUGCAUGUUCGGAGGUGACAAAGAUGGUUGGAGAAAUAGUUCCUUAUUGGAAUUUAAUGAUGGUGUCAUUUGCGGCCAGCUCCCCUGCACUUAGCGACAGAGAAAAAUAUCCGACUUUCUAUCGGCUAGCGGUAGCCGACUCUUCGCAUAACCAGGCAAGAAAAAUGCUGAUUCAGCAUUUUGGCUGGACUAAGGUGGCUGCUAUUCACCAAGACAUGGAAAUGUUUUCUCUGGCAAUGAAUGACAUGAUAGGUGUGUUUGAUAAAGCAAACAUUACUGUGAAACCGACCUUGACGUUCAGGCAUGGCAAUGAGGGCAACGAUCUGGAGUCCAAGAUACAAGAACUUAAAGAAGAAGAUGUAAGAGUCUUCAUAGGCAGUUUCCAAGAAAAUGCAGCUCGUCAGGUGUUUUGUCAGGCAUACAAGGCAGGUCUCUAUGGGAGAAGAUAUGUGUGGGUGCUACUAGGGUGGUAUACAGAAGAUUGGUGGCAGGUGGAGGGGGAAACUAACUGUACCAAGCAGGAAAUGGCGACGGCAGUUAACGGAUACAUAGGAGUGGACGGACUCAAUUCUAUCAUCGGACAGAAGCGCUCAAUCUCCGGACUUUCUACUGAGAUGUUUUUCGAGUCUUACAAAAGAUACGGAGGUCCGCGUCCAAUAAGUCCAUUUGCUACAGUGACGUAUGACACCAUCUGGACCGUAGCCUUGACUCUGAACAAUAGCCUCAAGAUGAUGAAAGAGCGCCUGAACCAAAAUAUACCACUGACUGCUUUUAAUUACAAGGGAAACAUGUCAGGAGAGUGGCUACAUACGUUUUUCAGGGCUAUGGGUGACCUAGAGUUUGUUGGAGUUUCUGGACCAGUAUCGUUUAAAGGCCCAGAUAGACGUGGGAUAACUGUCUUUAAACAGAAUCAGAAUGGAACAGAACGAAGAUUUGCCUUGUUUUACCCAGAAAAUAACACACUUGAUUUUAAUUGCUCAGGUUGUGUCGAGCCAAUUUGGAAAGGAGGUCGAAUUCCCGUUGACAGCUAUACGAUCUUAACCCGAGAUAUCGUCAUAGAGGGUCUUACUUUCUUCCUGAUGUGUGGCCUCAGCUUUGCCGGGAUGGUACUUGCAGUCACAUUCCUCAUCUUUAACAUUUACUACAGACGCUUGAAAUAUAUCAAACUGUCCAGUCCUAAGCUGAAUAACGUUGCAGUAGUUGGGUGUCUCCUUGUGUAUAUUGGAGUCAUGUUGUUAGGGGUUGACAACAACGCUGUAUUGGAGCAGGCUUAUCCAGUCGUUUGCACAGUCCGUGCCUUUCUCUUCUCUGCUGGGUUCUCCUUAGCGUUUGGUGCAAUGUUCACCAAAACGUACAGAGUUUAUCAGAUCUUUACUAGGGUCAAUAGGGGCUUACUGAAAAGCAAGUUGCUGAAGGACAAGCAGCUAUUGUUUAUUAUUGGUGCCCUCCUCAUUGUGGAUGUGAUCGUCAUAUCUCUCUGGGUGCUCGUAGAUCCAAUGUACAAGUCUGUCAGCAACUUCACUAUUGUUUCUUCUGAGAAUGAUCCUGACCUGCUCUACAUUCCCCAACUAGCCACGUGUGACUCUGUUCAUAUGAUCAAAUGGACAGGCGCACUUUACGCCUACAAGGGUUUGCUCCUCAUGUUCGGUGUCUACAUGGCAUGGGCGACACGACAUGUCAAAAUCCCAGCACUCAACGAUUCCCAAUAUAUCGGGAUGAAUGUAUACAACGUCGUAACAGUCAGUGUGAUUGUAGUUGCUUUGUCUUCCAUAUUGAACGAGCAACCAACACUAUCAUACGUCAUCAUCUCAUCGUUUGUUCUACUCUCAACCACUGCCAGUCUGUGCCUUUUAUUUGUUCCAAAGAUAUAUUUCAUAAUAAAAUCAGAUGGUAAUCCUAUUAUAACAACGAGUGGACUCAUGGUUGAGGCGAACGUUCGGAGAUUUGCAGUAGAUGAGAAGAAAGAGAUGUAUUACAGAGCCGAGGUUCAGAACAGGGUAUACAAACGAGAACUCGUUGAGCUAGAACAAGAGAUAUGUCGCCUGGAGCGUCUAGUUGAGAUGUCGGAUGACGAAAUGGAUGAGGAGCUGUACUUCCUUUAUCCAGAAGGGAAUGUCGACAGUACGCCAUUACUUAAAAAACGUAUUGAGUAUACAAGACAGAGGUAUGAUUCUAUCUCGGAUGAAGACGAUGUUACAUGUGGUCUGUCAUCGCCAGAUGGUUCAAAAAAUGUCUACAACCACGUGAAAAACAAACGUCGCCAUGACAAAAAAGUAAAACGUCAACUAAAAAGAGGGCGCUCUGAGACUGAGGAUUCUGGAUUCCACACGAUGUCGAUUAAAAAGGCAGAUAUGUUAACAGUUUGUGAAGACCUUACUGACGAUACAACACCACCAUGUACGGAGGAUCCCUCACACGCCUGGAGUAGAUCAACAUCGUUGCCUAUGUGUAAUGCCCCUUCAAAACCACCUCCUAUAGUUCUGAAUAAUAGUAAAGCAAUGAGUGUUAGAUUAAAAGCAGCUGGGUUGGAUCCAGUGGCUGAGACCGAAGCACCUUUUCAUGUAAUAAAAAAUCAAUGUCGAGUGACAGACGAUCAAACUGAACAUAAAUCAGAAAUGUGUAAUCAUGUGACUAAAGCAAAUCCCCCAAAUAAUUUACCGAUUGGUUCACCCUGUUUCAAUCCAGGCUAUCAUAAUACAGGCCAUGAUAGACAUGACAAUCAUAAUACAACUAUCGAAUGCAAAGAUCCAUUCAAACUCCGCAGUGAAAAUCUAGGAGGUACUCCACCACCAGUAACAACUACAUUCCACGAUCCCUGGGAAGUCAAUCCACACCAUAAAGAAACAUACACUCCAAAACAUAUAAGACCGGAACGAAGUCUGAUGUAUGACUUCAGCGAUGACUUCCUUUAUGAAUUACCAUCCAUGAAGCCAGUUGGAAACGUUAUCCAUAAUAAUAAAAUGCCACCCGUCUUCCAAAAUGAUUCUUUUAUAAAACUGGUUGACAUUGCUGAUAACAAACCUGAAUCACAUGCAUGUAUUACAAAUGACCAUAUUCCUGAUACGCUGACACAUGAACAAGAGACUCAGACGACUGAUAUAGACAAAAUCAAUGAUCCUGUGCCAAAUAACAAUGGUCAGGAUAACGCUGUUGCUCAUAAUUGUUUAAAUGAUAGGGGUUUAAAACGUAGAAAAAAGAUAAAGGCACUCCAGGGUGAAUUGGCCAAGAUACAACGAGAAUUGAAGUCCUUAAGUGAUCUUGAAUUUGAUAUUACUUAUGUUUAA